AUGCUCAUAUAGUGUCUUCUUUCGAGUGACUUUUAUAUAUGAAUAUAUGCGUCACUUUGUCCAAUUCUCGGUAAGUAAUCUUAAGAAUAUUUUUAUUCAAGUUUUAAAAUCACUGACUACCAAACGGUAUCAUUUGAUAGUGGAACUAGAAUGAAUGGUUGAUUCAUUUUAAUUCGCUCAGUUUUUAAUCAGUUUUUCUUUUAAUUUGCAUCGAUUUUUGGGGUUCAUGAAGCAGGUUGUUGAGAAAGAAAGUUGUCUAAAUUGCUCAAGUAAUUGUGUAAUUUAUUUAUCAUACUUUGUAUCUGGUCUGACUUUGUUUUGAACAAUUUGUGACCAGUUUGUGAGGUUCUGCUAGUCACUAGGAGCGCCUUUCAGUUCUGCAACACAGUUCAUUGUUAUAAUUUACUUGGUAACUUUUUCUUUUCUGUAUCUUAUCAUGUCAAUAUAAUCAUGUAAUGAUGGCAUAGAGAGGAUGCGCAAAAUAAGCUAAGAAAAUUACAAAACUAAGAUGUAUUAAUCAAUUUAAUCUGUGCUUCUUAAUAAACUUGUCAAACUCUUGUAGGACAAGAGAAUCACUUGAUGAGAAACUAAUAACUUUGACUGGAGAACCAGUUCAUGCCUCUUUCAUUAAAAAAACUCUUGAAAUACUUAAAAACUCUUAAAAUACUCAUCAAAUCAGUGUUGUGCGCAAAAAAGAGUACCGUGUAUUUUGCCAAGUGAAGUGACUGUGUAUAAACUGUAUAACCAAUAGUUCAAACUGGUAUGACUGGAAAAACUGGAAAAGAAAGCUAGUAAGGAAAAAGUCAUUGAAAAAAAAGAAAUGAAGCAAAGAAAGGUUCACCGAAGCAUUUCCACACCGACCUCCCAAUUUUGGAUGAUCAGUCUAAGAUGCGCAGUCUCUUUUGAAAAAAAAAAAAAACUUAGCCACGCGCAUGAAGAAAACAAAAAUUUAAAGACCGAGAUAUUGUUAAUGUUUAAAUGUUCAAGUGACGAGGUUUUCUCGUUUUUCCCUUAAUUCCUCGUAAUCACUGACGACUUGUCCCGCAAUACAGAGCAGCAACAAUGCAGCGACAAGCUGAGGUUUCUUGUACUUGUAUGACUGAGAAAUCGUCUUUUCAGAUGGCUUACCUGCCUUAGACAAACAAAAUUUGUGUCAAGUAUACAAAGAAACAAAAAUAAUUGAUAAAACGAUAGAAAAUAACCAGCAAUUACUUCUUGUUGAAUAACAAAAUAUUUAACGCAAAUCAAGAUCAUGAAAAGGUCCAGGGAAAGGCCGCGCGGGUUUUUUUAUGUUAGCUCUCUAAAUGGGAACAUGCUUACUACGCGCUCGCUGGGACCUUCGCUUUCGAGAGGAAAUUAAAAUACGGCAGUAAAGGACCAUGAUCGUAUACGUAAUCCGGUGAUGAAAAAGGGAUGCCCUUUUCAAUUUGGCAAACGGGCAAUCCAUCAUUACGCAGAAUUUACAAACUCAAAUCAAGAUCACUACUGCAUUUAACUCAAUGAUUGUUAUUGUUUCAUGCCUUAAUCCCUAAAACAGGUCAGUUUACUUUAAUUUUUGAUAGACGUAUGUCACACACAGGCGGCAUAUGAUCGCGCGCAUGCAAAAGGGUGUAGCUCGAUUAGGCAAGUGCCAAGAAUAGAGACAAUGUCACUGUAUAUUUAUUUAUCAGAUGUCUCAAUGKUCAAAUAUAUACACUUUGACUUCAAUACAAAACCUAACUUAGUGAAUAAUUGCAAUUUACUUCAAUUUGUUGAAAACUAAUUCCAGAACGUCUUAAAUGUUGCAAAAUUUCAGACAGAGCGAGGAGUUCUUCUUAUGAUGCGCGCGCGCUCUGAACGCACAAUAGGUGACGGUUCACAUCGCGACCCGCUCGACCAAUCAGCAGCGCGUGAUCAACAGAGCUUCAUCUCAAGGAACCGAUCGCCAAACUCGCCUUCUGAUGUUCAUCUGAGAAAACCAAGAAACUCCAAAGACGAGAACUUCCCAGAGGUUCCAAAAGUCAUCGAAGAUGGCAACGGGAAAAGAUAUUUCCGAGGACGACUUCUUGGAAAGGGCGGCUUUGCUCGAGUGUUUGAGGCAACAGACAUGUCUAACAACAAAGCUUUCGCACUUAAAGUCGUACCUAAAGAAAAGCUACCAAAAACAUCCGGCAAAGUAAACAAGGUGCGAACCUUUAACCGCAUUGAGCGAGAGAUCGAGCUUCACCGCACACUGCGUCAUCACUUUAUUGUGGGAUUCCAUGGCAGUUUCCAGGACCAAACGCAUUAUUACAUCCUUCUUGAACUGUGCAGUCGCAAGUCACUGGUGCAAAUGCUAAAGAAUCGAAGCAAGUUAACAGAACCAGAAGUCCGGUUCUUCAUGCACCAGGCCGUCCAAGCGUGYUCGUACCUACACGAUCAGCGCGUGAUUCACCGAGACAUCAAAGUAGGGAACUUYUUUAUCAAAAGCGACAUGGAGCUUAGRCUUGGCGACUUUGGACUUGCCAUCAAGCUACAACCUACUCAAGAUAAAAUAAAAACAAUGUGUGGAACUCCCAACUACAUAGCUCCAGAGGUUCUCUCAAAAGUGGGGCACAGUUCAGAAGUUGAUACCUGGGCAUUGGGAUGUGUCAUGUAUACACUUUUGGUCGGCCAUCCACCUUUCGAGACGAAAUCAUUACGAGAAACGUAUCAAAGAAUUCGUUCCAAUGACUACACUAUACCAUCAAGAAUAUCCUGUAACGCGGCRAAGUUGAUCCAGCGAUUUUUGCAACCUAAUCCUAGCGAUCGACCCGAUCUUAAAUACGUMCUUUAUGAUGAUUUCUUUCAAUGUGGGAUAUUACCACGGUCCCUACCCCUCACGUGUUUGACAGGGACGCCGAAAUUCUCUGAAUAUGAUAAACAAACUAUUACGGACCGGAAGGAGAUUGUAGUUAAUGGACUGUCACAGGCAUUUGAUCGAAAAAUGAAAGUUGAUUCCGACGAAAAAGAGAUACCGGAAGAGAGAAGUAUAACGAAUGGUAGCCCCUUUGGRRUUAUGGGUAAGAGGUCACCUCUGGGGUGCAUAGAUGGUGGCUCCAAGGGUAAAGAUAGCGAUGAUAGUGAUCGUGGUAUCGAAUCAGAUCAAGAGACGCAAAAAUACUUCUCUCCAGAGGGCCUAUACGUCCAGCUAUGYACGUGUCUAGAGACUCUUGACCGCACGUUUAUUGAACGUUCAGGRGCGUURUCGGAARUCAARGGRACWCAAAAACCAYUGCUUUCRCGGUUUAAGAUCAGGAAGGACAAAUUMAAACCUCAAGGAAAGAUCGACGAUUUUUCGCAAGUGUUUAUCACAAAGUGGGUKGAUUACAGCAAUAAGCAUGGUUUUGGUGCACAGUUUUCGGAUGGAAGUGUUUCUGUUCGGUUUAAUGAUUGCACGAAGAUUGCUUUAUCGCAAGAYAAACGAAAUAUCUGCUAUUGUGGAAAAGACAACAAAGUUGUGCGUUUUUCGUCGUCGUACAUUCCAAGCGACAUGGAAGUCAAGAUAACGYUGUUGACUCACUUUGCUAAUUAUAUGGAUAAGCACUUACUCAAAGGAGGCACUCAAAAAGGGUCUUCKACAACACAUCAAGAUAAUGUGCCUUUCGUGGACAUUUGGUUCCGUACWGAUAUCACCAUGGUGAUGUAUCUUAGCAACGGUGCACUACAGGUGAAUUUCUUCAACGAUCAUACUAAAGUUGUGCUCAUCCCUGGUGAAGAAGAAUGCAUGCUAAUAUAUAUCAACGAACAACGAGAGAGCAAUGCUCAACUACUAAGCGACCUUAAUCCAGAUACCUGCUCUCUACAGAUCGUAGAAAGACUUUUGUAUUGCAAAAAUGUUCUUCGAAAAAUUAUGGAAGUGAUUGCAGAAGAGGAAAGCAGCAAAGAAUGACUGACAUAAAGAGCAAUAUUACCCACUUUCAAGGGUGGGGUGGAUAGUACUUUUGGUGUCGACAGGCUGCUUUUAUUUUAUAUAUUUUUAAAGUUUCGGGGGACAAACUGAGUUGUAGCUUUUUUGCUGAAAARAAAUAUUUUUAAAUUAGACUUAUUACAGGAGUGUAUCUUUUCUAGAAUUUGAAGUUCUAAAUAUAUGAAACUCAUUUAAAUAUAGCCGUUCUUCGUAAACUACCUUAGUGCUCAGGAAACCCAAAGCAAAAUAUUUCGAGAAGGACUGUACUGCUACUGAACUAUGUUUUUUUCAUUCAAAAAUAACUCUUAACGUUUUUCUAUAUCAGUGAAAGAAUUUAUGUAGAAUUUAUAAUUAUUAGUGUGCAUGAAUUUGAAUUUUGGAGAGAUAAAUGAGAUUGAAAGAUAUUUAAUAGACAUAUCUCUAUCUCAUUUUGCUAGGAUGUCUUGCGAUGGGCAUAUCAUUGAACAUCACAGAAAAUGGUUUUCAUUAUAUAUAUUUAUUAUUGGGAUUACUGAGAUGUAUACUAUAGAGACGUUUUUCAAUACACGUCAAGGAGGGAAAUUGAAUUUUUGACAAGUAAAUAUAGUUUGAAUUAAAUGGUUUCUGAAUAAAAUGUUUGACUUUUAAA